CAGUAUCAAAAAUCCCUGCGUAGCCCUCCGUUUAACGGAGACUGCACUGCUCCAUGAGCCUCCACGUGCUGCGCAAGCUCUCUGCCCCCGUCGCCAGGCCCCUGCUGCAGCGCGGCCUGGCCACCCACGCCGUGCCGACGCUGCUGACGGACGCCGAGCGCGCCGCGGGGCUGCAGCAGAUCACCAGCGCCUGGGAGGUCGUGCCUGGACGCGACGCCAUCCGCCGCCGCUUCGAGUUCCGCGACUUCAACGAGGCCUGGGGCUUCAUGAACCGCACGGCGCUGCUGGCCGAGCAGAUGGGCCACCACCCGGAGUGGUUCAACGUCUACAACCGCGUGGACGUCACGCUCAGCACGCACGACUGCGGCGGCCUCUCCAAGAACGACAUCAAGAUGGCGACCGCCAUGAACAGCUACGCCCAGGCGGUCUAAGUUGUCUGGAAAGCGAGGGGGGAUGCUAAACAUCUCAUCAAAGAUUUUUUUUGUGGAUGUCAAGAUGAAGACGAGUCGUUGACAAACAGUAAUAUCUUGCUAAUUAACUGGGAUAUUAGCUG